UCCAUUUAUCUUCCUGUUACACACUUCAUUGUAUAUGUGGCUGAUCCUGCCCAUGGUGAUGCAUUCUUUGGCCUGUUUGCAAGCUUUAGCUCCAUAAAUCUAAAGCCAUUCAGUGCUGGUAAUCCUGAGGCCGAAGAUCCAUUGAAGUCCUCGAGAAUACCAGUUUUGUCGGGGACACGGAAUCUUGUUUGAGGUGGUACUUGCAGAAUCUUGUAACAGAGGCACUGUUGUGUUCGAGCGAUUUGACCUUGCAGAUAAAUAAUAGAAGCAGGAAUGCUAAAAGCCUGUGUUGUUUGCCACGUCCCUACUAAGUAUAUGCUUUCCCUAGGAGCUGACCUGGUCAAGAGAAGGCAAUGAUCUACCUCUCUAUAUAGAUCCCUCUUCUAUUUUAUCCUUCGAAUUCUAUAUUUAGAUUGUCAUGGGGAUUUGCCAAUUCCAUCCACAAGAUUGACAGGUUUCUGCAUAACCAAAGCAAUCAAUCUAAUCUGUCAAAGCAGCCACCCGGAGAAACUCCGUGACCCGGAAGAAGAAAUAUGAUUCCAAGUUUUCUCCUUCAACAUACAUUAUGAGAUGUUUAAUGUAAGAAUAGUGUAAUCCUGAAUAACGUGCAUUUUUGCACGGCGGUGAUAAGGCCUGACUGGAAAUGGCUUUCGCUGCUGUUCCCCCCAUCGUCCUCUCCCUCUUUAUUAUCUCCUUCACAACAUUGGCUCUGUCCGCACCUGAAGAUGCUCUUCUCCAAUUCAAGAGGUCUUUAGGGAACGCCGAUGCUUUGGAUUCCUGGUCUCCUGGAUCGCAACCGUGCAAUGGUUGGAUCGGCAUCAUUUGCUUUGACGGAAUCAUCACGGGGCUCCACCUGUCUGACAUGGGUUUUUCCGGAAAGAUUGACAUCGAUGCACUGGAGGCCUUACCUGGCCUCAGGACUCUCAGCUUCACGAACAAUCUCUUCACGGGUCCAAUGCCAGAUUUCUAUCGCCUGGGUGCGAUAAAGUCCCUGCUGUUAUCCAGGAACCAGUUCUACGGGGAAAUCCCACGCGACUUUUUUCAGCACAUGGCGUCUCUCAAGAAGAUCUGGCUCUCUAAGAACAACUUCUCGGGGAGCAUACCGGAGUCCCUGAUGCAACUCUCCAACCUUAUGGAGCUUCACCUUGAAGGGAACAACUUCUCAGGGCGCAUUCCUGUGAUUAAGGACGAGAAGCUCAUCUCCCUGGACCUGUCAGACAACAAGUUGGAGGGUGAAAUCCCAGAAAGUUUGUCUAAAUUCAAUUCCAAGUCUUUCGAAGGGAAUCCAGGACUUUGUGGGAAGCCACUCGAUAAAGUCUGCCCUGGCAAAGAAUUGCCUGGGACAGAGACGAUAUCCGUCAAAUCGCCUCCACCACUCAAUGAACACAAAAGCAAUGAAGGGUUCAGCAUAGUUCUUUGGAUAGUGGCAGGAUUGGUGGCUGCCGUGGUUCUUCUGGCCGCAAUAGUUUCUUCCAGACGUAGAAGGGAUGAUGAUUUCAGCAUUUUAGGAAAAGAGAAGGUCAGCGAGGCAUGCCAAGUCCCCAUCCCUGGUUCGAAGCCCAUGAGAACGGAGUCUAGCAAGAAAGGCAGUGUGUCGAAAAGAAAGGCUCAAGGCAGCAAGCACGGUUUGGGCAAUCUUGUGAUGCUGAGCGAUGAGAAGGGUGAAUUCGGAUUGGCUGAUCUAAUGAGGGCGUCUGCGGAGGUGCUCGGAAACGGCGGGUUGGGUUCUGCAUACAAGGCCGUGAUGUCGAAUGGCUUGUCCGUGGUGGUGAAGAGGAUGAGGGAAAUGAAUGCUUUAGAGAAAGAUCAGUUCGAUGCCGAGAUUAGACGUUUUGCUAGACUUCAUCACCGAAAUAUACUGACACCACUAGCCUACCAUUAUAGGAGAGAUGAGAAGCUCUUAGUUUCGGAAUACAUUCCUAAGGGCAGCUUGUUAUACAUAUUACAUGGUGAUCGUGGAAUUAUUCACAGUGAGCUGAAUUGGCCAACCCGGCUGAAGAUCGUUCAGGGAAUCGCAAGCGGACUAGCUUUUCUCCAUUCAGAGCUUGCAUCCUAUGACCUGCCUCAUGGAAACCUCAAGUCCAGCAACAUUCUUCUGAGCUCAGACUAUGAACCAUUGCUCAAUGACUAUGGCUUCCAUCCUCUGAUCAACCCUUCUCAAGCUGCGCAAACCUUGUUUGCAUAUAAGGCGCCGGAGAUUUCACAGCAAAGGAGCAUCUCGCCAAAGUGCGAUGUUUAUUGUCUCGGAUUAAUCAUCCUUGAAGUCCUCACAGGGAAGCUCCCGUCUCAGUAUAUCAACAGCGGGAAGAGCGGAACUGAUGUUGUGAUGUUGGUUCACUCAGCGAUCUCAGAGGAAAGGGAGGCCGAAGUCAUUGAUCCAGAGAUAGCGGGUUCGAUAGAGUCGAAAAGCGAGAUGCUGCGACUCCUUCAUAUAGGAGCUGCCUGCACAGAGAAGAACCCCGAUCAUCGGCUUGACCUGAGAGAAGCAACUAGAAAAUUGGAAGAGUUACAAGUGUGAGGCAAUUUUGUUUCUAGACAUGCUAUUGAAAAUUUUAGUUGACAGGAUAGAACGUCUUGAAUCCCAAGUUCUGCUCGUUCCCUGAUCGAGCGCUGUAACGGAUUCAUCCACACUUGGAAUCAGCCGCUCAAUGGUUAGGCAAAGAUUCACUGAUGGUAUCAUCCUUUCCCGAGGAAGACGGUACCUUAAGAGUGGCCUUGAACGCGAGGCUUUUGGCUACUUUUACAUUUAAACUAGAGCUCAGCGAGUAUCACUCUUUGAUUCAAGCUGACUUUUGCUUUGUCAUUGCCCUACCAUAGUAGGGAAGCUCAGUGUCAAAGCAUCUCCUCUUGACUUCCAGGAAAGGGUCUUCUUUGUCAGGUCUGUGCUACAAAGAGAUCUCUGACUGACCAUUUGAGUCUCUGAACUGAGUUUUGAUAAGAAAUGUCUUGACUGCCUUCAAA